AUGGGUCCUCUAUCGCUUCUCCAGGCAUUGGCAGUGCUCCUCUGCCUCGUGCCCGCCGAUCUCGCGUUCCGUGGGCCAAAUCCGUAUCACACCUGGUUAAGCCCGGAGUAUCAUUGGUUAUAUGAAUUCCCGCUCCCAAUCCCGCCGAUCAAAGAAGAGAAAUGGCCUUCCAGGCCGAUUAACAAUCCUAUAACCGGCAAAAAGGUCAAGUAUUACGAGGUCGAGAUCAAGCAGUUCACGCAGCAGAUUUACCCCAACCUCGAACCGACCACCCUCAUCGGGUACGAUGGCAUGUCGCCGGGCCCCAUGUUCUACGAGGAGAAGGGAAUGGAGUGCGUGGUGCGCUUCACGAACCACGCCCGGCUGGCGAGCUCGGCCCAUCUGCAUGGAAGCUACUCGCGUUCUCCCUUCGAUGGAUGGGCCGAAGACCUGACGCAGCCGGGCCAGUAUAAGGAUUACUUCUAUCCCAAUCUCCAGAGCGCCCGCAUGAUUUGGUACCAUGAUCAUGCAAUCGGCCAUACAGCCGAAAACGCAUACUUUGGCCAGGCCGGGGCCUAUAUAAUCCACGACGCUGACGAAGAUGCGCUUGGGCUCCCCAGCGGCUACGGCAAGUACGACAUUCCCCUGAUCUUGGCUUCAAAGCAAUACAACAGCGACGGCAGCCUCUUCUCGCCGGCCAACGAGGACGACAGUCUGUAUGGUGACAUCUUCGACGUCAACGGGCAGCCGUGGCCGUACUUCAAGGUCGAGCCGCGGCGGUACCGGCUGCGGUUCCUCAACCAGGCCAUCUCGCGCUCGUUCCUGCUUUACUUUGAGAUCGACAGCGGCGACAAGACCGGGCAGGAGCUGGACUUUGACGUGAUCGCGUCGGAUUCUGGCCUGCUGACGCAGCCGGUGCAGGCCAACGAGCUGUUCAUCGCCAUGGGGGAGCGGUAUGAGGUCGUCAUGGACUUCUCCCAGUGGCGGGGCCAGAACAUCACGCUGCGAAACGCCCUCGACUUUGCGCCCCAGCGCGAGUACAGCCACACGGACGAGGUGAUGCGCUUUGUGGUUGGUUCCGGUCCAACCGACGACUCGUCGAAGGUGCCCUCCAAGCUUCGCGACCUGCAGUGGCCGACGGCCAAAGGGGGUGGCAAGGGGCGGAAUUUCGUGUUCGAGCACAUCGACGGCCAGUGGCGCAUCAACGGCAUCAACUUCAUGGACGUGCAGAACCGGGUCCUCGCCCGCCCCGACCGCGGCCUCGUCGAGACCUGGCAGCUCGAGAACCGCGCCGGCGGCUCCAGCCACCCGGUGCACCUCCACCUCGUCGACUUCCGCGUCCUCGACCGGACGGGGGGCCCGUGGGGGGUCCACCCUUACGAGUCGGCGGGGCUCAAGGACGUCGUCUGGCUCGGCCCGGGGGAGAAGGUGACCCUGGAGGCACACUACUCGCCCUGGCCGGGCGUGUACAUGUUCCACUGCCACAACCUGAUCCACGAGGAUCACAUGAUGAUGGCGGCCUUCAACGUCUCGACCAUCGCGGACCUGGGCUACAACGAGACCAACUACGUCGACCCCAUGGAGGAGGCCUACCGGCCCCGCAAGGCCGAAGCGGACGAGUACGCCUACGACGCCGUCCGUGACCGCAUGGAGGUCAUGUGCGGCUACCAGCCCUACGACGACGCCUACAAGGUCGAUGGCUGGCUCAGCUCCUACUGGGCCACCAAGACCGCCAACGCCGGCGGCGCCGACAGCAGUGCCGAGCCCGGCCCGGGCCACACGGGUCCGCCCCAAGGUCCGCCCCAACAAGGCCCUCCCCAGCAGGGUCCGCCCCAGCAAGGCCCGCCCCAGGUCGGUCCGCCCCAGCACCAGAUCACGUCCGCCCCUGCGCCUCCGCCACCGCCACAGCCGGCGCCCGAGCCCCCGCGGUGGUCGGUGGCGCCGGAGGGGUUCAGAACAUCGAAGAGGGCACCAGGGCAGCGUCCCAGGUUUGCAGGCAAUCUCACAGGCAACCCCACGGGCGUCGGGGGGGUUUAA